AGAUCAUCGGAGGUAACCCUUAAGUGUCACUUUGAAACACAGUCACUCUUUUCUCUAACCUCUGUCAUUCCGAAGUCGUUGUUCAAGUCGGUUCGGACCACCAUCCAAAAUCCCACAGUCCAUCUGCUCUCCGAGGAUGCCGCCUGCAUCGCCUACAUUCGGCUCACUCAGUUCACCGACAAGGUGCGUGUGUGGAUCCAAUUCCUGAUGUCGUUUCUGGUAGAGCCCAACACCUUUGAGAUACUUUGUUGUGUCCAUCACUGCUUCUCCAGCAGUAGUCGUGGCAUGAUGAAUGAAAACUAA